AAAAAAAAGAGGAUCAAAUUAAACAAAAAUUAAAGUUCAUUCAAUUAGAAAAAAAACGACGAAAAUAAAAUAAUUAAAAAAGGCAGAAAAAAAAGAGAGGAAAGGAUAAGACAGGCGUAAAGCUUUUUGAGAAUGGGCUGUGGGCAAUCGAAAAAAAUUCAUUUAUAUCCGAGAAAAAACAAAAGCAAAUCAAAUGGAAAGAAAGGCCAUGAAGACUCUGGCGAUGAUGAGGAGGAGAAUACUGAAGAAAAAGAUGAACAGCAGCAACACAAGGAGAAGGAGAAAAUCGAUGAGGAGUUGCAGUUGUCGGAAGGAAGUUCUCCCGAGCCAAACAGUAAUGAAGUUAUGAUUCCUAUUCUAAAGAAAAAUGGACCACUUUUACAGAGCCAAGAAAUUUCCACUAGUCAGCAAAACUUUUUUAAAAUGCUUGAUCAGAAAAUUGAACAAGGUCCGGAUUAUGAUUCGAAUAGUGAGACUGAAAUAGCCCUUGAGGAAGCAAGACUUAAUUCACUCGUCCAACACUGGGAGAGUGCGAGUCUUUCAGCGUCUAUGUGUUCAUCAACAAGUCGAUCUCUUCAAAACACGCCAGUGCGAAGUGCACCAUUAACUCGACAACAGUUAAGAUCUCAAUUCCAACAGCCACUUAGUGCUGAGCUAUUAACGCAACAGCAAAUGAUUAAGCAGCUACAACAGCAUCAAGCGAAUCAGGCGGCUGCAGUUUCGGCUGGAAAUCUAUCGAUCAAUAGUCCAAAACGAAUAGAAUUAAAUCCAAGUAAUCGUCAGCAACUACUAACGCAAACAAUCAUUCAUCAAACAUAUGGUGUUCAGCCUCAACAGACUCUGCAACAAGCACAUGUACUUGCUCAAUAUCAACAACAGCAACAGCAAAAUAUACAACUAAGACAAUUGUCUGCUUCAUCUGUCAUACCGUCAUCCAAUUACUCACCGCCAAUUCCUGGUGCCACAAAUAUUCCACAGGCUACGGCUAAUCGUAAUAUUGCGUGUCUUCAAAUGUCAUAUUUUCCUACUCAGCCAAAUGCGGUGCCACUUUACGGAGGAGAAGCUGUACAUUCUCAAGUUCAACAACCUCAAGAACCGCGCUUUCCUCAUGCAAUAUCGGUCAAUCGCUUAGCACCACAGGUGCAGCGUCAAUUACGAGAGACUCAAGAGUUGAUAAAAGCAGAUUGCCCGCCAAUGUAUCAAGGUGCGUACCAAACAGCAGCAAAUGCAUCAUUACGUUCCCAAACCCGAACCGGUCUUCGACGUCCAACGUUGGAAACGCAAUAUUCUGUUGGAAAUUCAGAACUAUCGUGAUAUUUAGAAAAUUAAUUAGGCAAAAAUUAUUAUUAUUAUUUGUAUACUUCAUGCAAUGUCUCUAAUCCAUUAAUCAUCCAUCUAUUUAAUAUUUAUUACAAUUCUAUUACGCUUAUCUUCAUCAUUUCAAUGAGAGAAAUGUCAUUGCAAUUACUUUGAUAUAAGUCAUGCCAUGAACAAGAAAAAAAA